UCACCACAAAAUCACUAGUUUUUAUAGUUACUUUCAAGUUAGGCAUCUCGAAGUGGAUACCGCAUCUACAAAUUUAUACAUUAUGACUAGCAGUAAUUUGAUGCAUGUGCUAUGUGUGUGUUGCACGAAAAGUGAGGUUAGAGUGAAAAUAUCUCCUUUUAAAGUAUCUCAGAAUAGUUUCUAUAGAUUAAUGUUAUAAUUAAUUAUUAUGCAUCAUAAUAUGCAUAUUCAUUGUUAUAUAUGAUAUUUUGAAAAUACUAAGUAAAACGAUUUUAUUAUAAAAUGGGACGUAUGCAACGUAAAGGAGUGUUAAACAAUAAAAGGAAACUAAACAAGACUAAACCGGCUGAAAAGACGCGUAAACAAUUACGUAAAGAAAAGAGGGUACAAAAAAAGUUAAAUAAAGCAGCAUAUUAUGAAAAGAAGAAGUCGACGAAUCAACCAGAAAAAUCUUUUAAAAAAUCGGAGCAAUCGGCAAUCGGUAAUGAUAAAUCGAUAAAAGGAGGAAAAAUCGAUGUUAAAGAUGAGCUAUCAACAAAAGCAGAAAAACGGAAGAUUAAAGAUAUAGAAAAUAAGGAAAAAAGGGCUGAAAAGAAUGUGAAAAAGCAAAGAGUGCAGCAAUUACAACAAGCUAAUAAGGAAGAAGACAAAAUGAUUAAACAGUUGGAAAAACGAUUAAAAUUGAAUAAACGAAAGAGCAAAUCGAUUCCACAGUCUUUCGUAGCAGAUGGUUUAGAUUAUAUCUUGGAUUUCUGCAAUUCAGAAAACAGAAACGUUGAAACUGAGAAACAGUUAUUGGAAUCUGGAUUGAGCACAGAGUUCAAAGAGGAUUUGAACAUUGCUAUCGGAGAGAAUGAUUCUGAAGAAGAACAUGAAAAAGAUGAUACGGAAUAUAACAUGGAUGAUAAUGAGGAUUCUGAGCAGGAUACAGAGGAUAACAAAAGUCUCUUAUCCAAUGAAAAUUCAGAUCACCAUGAGGACAAUGAUGAAGUUUCCGAGGAAGAGGCAGAUAAAGUAAACAUUAAGUCGAGAAAUCGUCCAACAAAUAAGGAAGAUGCUAUCUUGGAGACUGAAGAAUCAAUACAUAGCGAUGCAUCGGAGCAUUCCCAUGAUAGUAAAGGCUUAUGGGAAGAUAUUUAUGGUAGACAAAGGGACAAAGAAGGUAAUAUCGUCUCUACGAAGUAUGUACCACCUGCUGCACGUAUUACAAGCACAGACAUCUCUAUGGAUGAUGAAAAAACUCGUAAACUCGAGAGACAAUUAAAAGGUAUCCUAAAUAGAUUGGCAGAACAAAAUAUGCACACUAUUGCAAAUCAGGUAGAAGAGAUGUACAUGUCAAACAGUCGUAACAGUAUGAACGUAACGUUAUUUACAUUGAUGAUGGAAAGUAUAGUCGCACAAGUUCUAACGCCAGAUCGGCUUAUUUGUGAACAUAUGAUGUUGAUCGCUAUAUUGCACGCGAACGUUGGUACAGAAGUGGGCGCGCACUUUUUACUGACUACUGUAAAAAAGCUUCAUCGGAUGUUGGACGAGUCUCAUUGUGUUGAGAAUAAACAAUUGGAUAAUAUAAUUCUUAUGAUCUCUCAUCUCUACAACUUCAAGGUGUAUGGCCAUCGCCUUUUAUAUCAGAUAUUAAAAAAACUGGCAGCAAAAUUUACAGAGAAAGAAAUUGAACUGACUUUGUUAAUUUUAAGAACAGUGGGCUUUCAGUUAAGAAAAGAUGACCCAACUGCGUUAAAGGAACUUGUGUUAAACUUGCAGCAAAAGGCAAACAAUACUACUUUAGAAAAUUCGAGAGUCAAAUUUAUGUUAGACGUAUUGUUGGCGAUAAAAAAUAAUAACAUGAGCAAAAUACCUCAGUAUGAUCCAUCUCAAAUCGAACAUCUGAAGAAAAUUUUGAAGAACUUUAUCCAUAAGGGCAAUAGCGUUACGCAAUUUAAUGUAACUCUGGAAGACCUGUUAGAAGCCGAUGAAAGAGGAAAAUGGUGGAUAGUCGGAUCAGCCUGGUCCGGUCUCAAAGAUAUUGGUAAAUUAGAGAAGUCUUCGGGAGAACAAAAACAGAAAUAUAGUGCAGAAAUAUUAGAGUUGGCACGAAAACAGAGAAUGAAUACCGAUAUCAGAAGAGAUAUCUUUUGCGUUCUUAUGACAGCCGAAGAUUAUUUAGACGCGUUUGAGAAGAUUCAUCAUCUCGGUUUGAAAAAUCAACAACAGAGAGAAGUGAUCUACGUUAUUCUCAACUGUUGCAUUCAAGAGAAAAAGUUCAAUCCUUACUAUGCCGUACUGGCGCAAAGACUAUGUGACUGUGAUAGAAAAUAUCAGUUAAAUAUACAAUAUGCAUUAUGGGAUAAAUUGAAGAUAUUGGAUGAUUUGAACACAAAGCAAUUAACAAAUCUGGCAAAAUUGUUGAUCCAUUUAUUUUUAAACAAGGGCCUUCCUCUAUCCGUUUUGAAAGUAAUCCAAUUUACCGAAUUAGACAAGCUAACUAUGAGGCUUGUACGGCAAAUUAUGCUGGGAAUACUGUUACAUGAAGAUGAAGGGGCCUGUUUAGAAGUAUUUGAAAGAAUAUCUUUAUCUACAAAAUUGCAAGCUUUCAAAGAAAGUCUCAGAUUAUUUAUAAAUCAUUUUCUCGUGAAAAAUAUUUCUACCGCUGAAAAUCUGCAGGAACAAAGUGCAUUAUUGAAAAAACGUGCUGAAUUGAUAGAUAACAUUUUAAGUAGACAAAAUCGUGAGACAAAAUGUAUAUUUUAAAGGUUGUAUCAUUAAUGUAAAAAUAUAUAUAUAUAAUAUAUUUUUAUAUAUUACAUUCUAAACCAUUUUAUUUUUUUUCUCUAAUCUUUAAAAUAUCUAAUUUAAUAUAUAUUUUUCUUGCAGUUAUAAAAAGAUAUACAUAUAGUAUAAUCGUCCAAAUAUUAAUCUAAAGAUAAUUCUAUAAAGUGUACACUAUAAAAA